AUGUCUCCAACGGGAGACAAACAACGCCUUUCCAUGUGUUAUGGCUAUGUUUUAGUAGCCAUGGCUCAGUUAUCCCUGGUCAUCGUCGCAUCUGUCCUCCACAAGGACAUAACGCCAUCCGCGUAUAAGAGCUACCAAAGAGCAACACGUAUCACCAGCGGAAUGGCCUUUCUCCUCAUGGCAGUCCAAGUCUACCUCUCCGUCAUCGUCACCCUCCUCGACGGCCCCAAGGUUGUCAUUUUGUGGUUUCUUAUCGCCCAACUAGUAUCUACGGUGUACUUUUGCUAUAUCCCCUUCAAGUACCUCAAAGGUGUCGCACCGCCCAUGGAAGAUGAAUGGCUCCUGGCUGAUCAGGAUGACUUGGAGCUGCAGCUUCUCUCGGACAAGAUGGACCCGUCAUCCCUGAAUGGACAAAGCAGGGUUGCAGACUAUAAAACGAUGGAACUUGUACGGUUGUCUGGGCCUGGGGAUGCUUGUCGUGUGUAA